AAGUUUGUUUAUUAUGGGUUAUCUUUAACAAAAGGAGCAAAGACCCAUACUUUCUCAAUUAUAACUUCGCCCCCAUUGGGGAUGAAUAUCGAAUACCGCGUGUUCUCGUAGUCUUUCUCGCCGAAAAAUCCAACAAAAAUGCUCAACAAUUUGCCGUAUCAUCUGAUAUGACAGAAUCCCCAACAUCAACCCUCGAAAUUUCUGGUUUCUUCUCUAUUAUCAUCAACCCCUUUCACUGUCUUAAGGUUGUAAAGCACAUUUGAUUCGGUAACCACCUGAGUAAUUCGAGAGUAAACAGAGAGGGUUUACUGGUCCGCAGAAUCGUUAAAGUUUCUGCGAGCCUCGAGUCCUCUCUCAGUUUUGGUGUAAAAUCUUUUUACAUUGCAUUAAAGUUAUCAUCAUGGGUGCUGUUUGUUGCUGCUUGCAUUAUGACUGUGAAGAUUACGUUAAUCCCAACAGUAAUCUAUACAGAAACUGCAUUUGCCUUCGAUGCUUUCUUCAAAAUUUCUUAUAUUUGUACGCAUCAUUAUUUCAAAGAGGGGAAGAACAUGUGAGGCUUCAGAGUCCUUCGUCUCUUCAAGGGACAUCGUCUUUUAAUUCAUCAGCAUCGCUUGAUAACUCAUUAUCCGGUGUUUAUCGGGCCCCACCGAGACCUUUGCCAUACGAUGUUGACCCGAGAUAUAUACGUCUUCAAAGAGAUGGACUGGUCUCGAGACGGGAGAAAGGGUCGAGUCGGUCACAGGAAGAAGGUGACCCGUUAAGAGGAAGUGACAGUGAUAUGGAAACAGAUCCUUUGUGUGCUGGAAACAAAUGGAAUAACUCAACUUGUGAAGAUGAAACAAAAGGGUCCUACACAAAGUCUUCUGUUAAGCUUUCGAGUCCGAAAGAGGCAACAGGAUUUGCACAUAUUCUUUCUCCAUCGGAAGAUGAAGACGUUUGUCCAACAUGUCUUGAAGAAUAUACUACCGAAAACCCUAAGAUAAUUACAAAGUGUUCACACCAUUUUCACCUUGGCUGCAUAUACGAGUGGAUGGAAAGAAGUGAAAACUGCCCUGUUUGUGGCAAGGUGAUGGCAUUUGAUGAGACUGGUGAGGCUUAACCUGAAGUGUUCCUGCUGGAAUGAGACCCGUAAAGAGAUGAAUACGAUUAAGAAAUCAAGAAAAACAGCUUGUAAAUUCAUUGUGAAUACCCACAUGUUAUCAAGUGUUCUUUCAUGUAAAAAGAUUGGAAAAUUGCUCGAUAUUAGUUCGUCACAGGCUGUUUUUCCUUAUGAUGAAUAUUGUUUUUUCCCUCAUUAUAAUAUAUAUAUCAUGUUCUCUUUGAA